AUGUUCAUUUGUUCCGGGGGGGAAUGGUUUCAGUGACGUACUCCUCCGCACCGUAGUUGUAUGGUUUCGUGAGUAGCUAAAAAUAGUAACGUUCAGGUCAGUAAAGUUCCAGAAUGACCGAGACAACGGAAAACCUGCAGAAGUACGAGGAGCUGUUUGGCCACAGAUUUUCAUCGGAGGACCAUGAAUACCAGGAGUACCUGAACCGUCCAGCUGACCCCCCACCCAUUGUAGAGGACUUUAGGAGUCGUGGAGGAGGAAACCAGAGAGGCAGGGAUAACAGGUACCAGGACCGCCGUGGACACAGAGGUGGGUGGGGACACCCAGGUUGGAGAGGAGGCCAUCAUGGGCAAAAACACUGGCGUGACAGAGACAGGCACUGGGGGCAUGGAAGUGGCUAUCAAUCAGGCGCUCAGAGUUCCAACCAGGGAUACAACUUUGGUCAUCAGAGAUCACAUGAUGAUCACCACUGAUCAGUACUCUCAUCUCAGGUGUUGUCAAUAUUUAUGUAUGGUAUUCAUUCUUAACUUGGUAUUGCAAUACAAUUAGUGUCUAUGUAAAACUGUUGUUUUGUGUGUAUGACUCAUUACCAGUCUCAAAACCCAGAGCUGAGCAAUAUAUCAAUAUUGAUAAUUUACUCUGUAAAUGUGUAGAACCUUUUUAAAUAUUGAGUUUUAUUGAAUGAAUUUCAAAAUGUUUGUGUUUGACUUCCACUUACCUUUUUCUUGGAUCAGACAGUAGCUUUCCCCAUAUUGCCUUGUAUUGGUUAGCCCUGUCAUCAUUUCAUUUUCUCAUUACAUGCCUGUAAACUAUAACAAGAACUUUUCACUACUGGAGCCCUCAAUGAAAAUGACACUGAAAUAUUUUCUCUACAGUAUUUCAGGUAUGUGGGCUGUUUUUUAGCAAUAUUUGAUUGUGGUGUAACUGGGAAAUGUCAAUGAAGAAUCAUUUUGUGUUCAGAAUGCUUUGAUAUGAGAGGGUUAUGAUUUAUACAGUACAGCGUUGCAAGUGGUAAAUCUAUCUUCAGAGAAAAUGUAUUUGUUAAUGCAGCUUUAUUUUUCUGUGAUAAUGUUGUAAGGACUUGUGACCUAAACUGCUUUCAAUAAACAUUUAUUUUCACAAAUGCAUGUGGGGCUU